AUGUCGCUUUUCCUGCUUGUUUCAAUUUUCCAAAGUGUCGAGGCGGUGAAAGCCCCGCAAUUGACGCCGCUAGCGAUACCGGAUGAUCUCGUUAAAGACACUGAGUACAGACUGACGUGCAUCGUCGCGAUCGGAGACCCGCCUCUAGCCUUCGAAUGGCAGAAGAACGGGGUGCGGUUGUACUCGACAACGAACACCAUAAUUACCCAAACCGAGCAUACGUCGACGGUGACGUUCAAGUCUCUCUCGGAAAACGACGCGGGCGAAUACAGAUGCGAGGCCAUGAAUAUCGCCGGUAAAGCGUCCGUUCAAGCGAAACUUCAAGUGAACGUAGCACCUUUCUGGCUGCAAGAGCCCUUCGAUCAGGACGUCGAGGAGGGCCAGGUGUUGAAAUUACCGUGUCACGCUGGGGGUUCCCCGCAGCCCACCUACCGCUGGAUGAAAGGAAACCAGGUUUUGAGUAGAGGCCGCUACGAUAUCACUGCCGAUGGCGCACUAGUUGUAAGCUCGGCGAAGAAGAUCGAUGCUGGCAUGUUUUCGUGCGAAGCAUCAAACGGGAUCGGUUCCGCACUCUUAAAACAAGCCACAGUUCGGAUUUUCGUCAGACCUCGAGUAAAGCUUCCGCGCACGCUGAUUCAAGUAGAGCGUGGCGGUUCUGCUAAUAUAUCAUGCGCUGCGACUGGGGACCACCCUAUAUCGAUUGAAUGGAAGAAAGAUGGCCAAUUACUACCUGAGAGCUCUUCGGACAAAAUGCUCAUCGACGAUAAGCAAAUGGAGCAGUUUUUCUCAAAUCUGGUGCUUCGUGACGCUAACGCCGAACAUGCCGGUCGGUACGUGUGUAUUGCGAAAAACUCCUUCGGACAAGACGAGGGCGAGGCACGACUCGUGGUUCGGGAGCCCCCGGAAAUUCCAGAGGGUCUCGAGCUAUCGGGGGUAUGGAGCAGAGGAGCACGCCUCACAUGGUCCCCACCAAAGAGAGUCGUGGUGACGCGAUACGACGUUUGGUAUUGGUCACGUCGCGACCUAUCCAAGCUCAAUAUCAGUGUUCCCGGCUCAUCCAGUACAGUUCAGAUCCCUAAAAUGCAUCCGGCGACGGAAUACCAGCUGUAUGUGAUCGCCCACAACGACGUAGGACCGUCCGAGCAAUCUCGGACCGUGACCGUGAAAACUAAAGAGGAACAGCCUUCGGACGGUCCAUCGAACGUUCAAGUCAUAUCAUCGGGACCAAAUUACGCCGUCAUUUCGUGGUCGCCGCCUCCCGAGUCCGGUUGGAAUUCGGAGCGUUUGACCGGAUACUUCGUGGGCUACAAAGCCGCCAGUCAAGACUCGAACAGACCGUACUCGUUCCAUACAGUGGGACCAGAUCAGAGCACGUACACCUUACGUGGCCUCAUGAAGAAUACUCUGUACGGGGUCGUCGUGAAAGCAGUCAACGACGUGGGAUAUUCGCCCGCGAGCUCCGAGAUGUCCUUCUAUACCGAGGACGGAGACUUCAUAGCACCUCCACAUCUGCACCUCAAGUCGCUUGACGGACAGUCUGCAACACUCCGCUGGGCGUCGCCCUCCCCCAAAGUCACGAGUUUCACAAUUUACUGCCGUCAGGGAGAGCAGAGCAAUUGGGAUGAGACUUUCAUCGACAGAGCGAACCAGAACACGUAUCAACUCACCGGUCUGAAUUUGAACGAGUACUACCAGAUCUACAUGAUCGGUCAUACGAAUUCUGGGAAAACCGAACCCUCGGACGUCAUCAGCGUCCGCAUCCCCGACCCGAACAAAAGUCCCCAAACGACCGCCGGCGGAGGUUCAGAUCGCGUCACGGAGCGAGAAGUUCUCUACGCAAUCGUCCCGCUAGUCUGCCUUUUGAUGGUGAUAAUCGCGAUCGUGUUUGCUUCGGCCUUCUAUAUGUACGCCAAGAAAAGUCAGCCUCCACCACCGCCGGUGAACGCAGACUACGAUUUCUGCUUCACGAACAUCCCUGGCGGUGCGCGGCUACCGGGAAUGACAAUGAAAAUGAACCAAUACAAUGCCUAUCAGAUGAAUCCAUACGCGACGUAUUCGCGACACACAGCGCGCAAGAAAAGCGUCAACUCGACGCCCUAUUCAACCAUUCCCCGGUCGGAGAAGAGCUCGGAGAACGCGUACGCGAUCUACGAGAGUAUACAAGACCUAAGGAGUCUUAAACGACGACAGAGCUUAAGCAGGCAGUUCGCUCCCACCAUGCACAAGGUGGACAUUUGUGAUAUCUAG